AUGGCACAAAAAGUAGACAAUAUCAAGGUGGCCUUCACCAAAGCCAACCCAAACUUUCACCAUUGGUGGAUUGAUCUAGACCCCUCGACCCGCACCCUGCCUCAAGGCUGGCAACGUGAUCCUGAUAGAUUGGAGUUGAAGGAAGACUUGAUCUGGGAAAAGGACGUCGAAAUUCCCCUUCGUGAUGGUAUCAAACUUCGUGCAGACAUAUUCCGACCCGCCAAACUUGAUGGGAAGAAGCUACCUGCAUUGCUACCAUGGUCGCCGUAUGGGAAAACAGGUUCGGGCCACCAUCAAACCACCGAUUUCACAUGGCUUGGUGUUCCGAAAAGCUCGUUAAGCGGAUUGGAAAAGUUCGAGGCCCCUGACCCAGCUGAGUGGUGCCCUCGAGGCUACGUGAUUGUACAGCCUGAUGCCCGCGGAUGCUAUAAUUCCGAGGGCAAUAUCGCCAUCUUUGGCACGCAGGAAGGGAGAGAUGGCUAUGACACCAUAGAAUGGAUUGCUGAGCAGGAAUGGUGCAAUGGAAAGGUGGCACUGGUAGGAAACUCGUGGCUCGCCAUCACACAGUGGUUCAUUGCCGCCGAGCGACCACCUCAUCUGAAAGCCAUUGCUCCCUGGGAAGGCAUCGGUGACUUUUAUCGAGAGAGCAUCUGCCGUGGCGGAAUUCCCAAUUACAAGUUCUGGGACUUGCUGAUGCAAGAAUUCAACGGUAAAAACGAGAGAGAAGACGUGGCGCAGAUGAUUGAAGACUACCCACUGAUGAACCAGUACUGGGAAGAUAAGAAGCCCAAACUGCAGAAUAUUGACAUUCCAAUGUAUGUGCUUGCUAGCUACUCUACCGGCUUACACACGGAAGGAUCUAUCCGUGGAUGGAAAUACGCCAGCUCUCGGGAGAAAUGGUUUGUUAUCUCUGGACCAACAGCUAAUACUUAUCGAGUACUAACUCGUUGUUGCGCAAGGCUGAGAAUCCACCCGACUCAAGAAUGGUUCGAUAUCUAUACCCCAGAGGCAAACGACGACUUGCAGAGAUUUCUCGAUCACUAUCUUCUAGAUGACGAUAACGGAUGGGAGAAUACGCCAAAGAUCAGACUGUCACUACUCCGAUACAAUGCUCCGCCAAUUUCUUUUAGGGCAGAGGAUAAUUAUCCACCGAGCCGUACCAAGUAUGAAAUAUUCUACCUCAAUUCUGAUGACAAAGCUUUACAAACGCAGCCCUCGAGGGAAGGAGCCGUUUCAUACAAGUCCGACUCGUGGGACGACGAUGGCGCUCAUUUCUCACUGAGAUUUGACCAAUACACCGAGCUUUGCGGGUUUUCUAAAGUCAAGCUGUUCAUGUCAUGCAAGGAUCUGGAUGACAUGGACGUCUAUGUCAUUAUUCGGAAGCUUGACCGAAAUGGAAACGCACUUCUCAACUACAACAUUCCCUUCCUGAACCAAAAGCCGGGAACCAAUCCUGAAGAUAUCCCUGAUGAAAAUAUCUACAAGUAUGUGGGACCCAGCGGCAGACUACGAGCAUCACAGCGAGAAACGGGUCAUGAUCCAAACUUGACGGAUGAGAUGAGGGCCAAGCAGGACCCAACGGAGCUCUGGUACCCUCACUAUAAUUCUAAAAAGGUAGUACCGGGUGAGGUAGUAGAGCUCGACAUUGCCAUUUGGCCUGGUGGGAUAGUGUUUGAAGCUGGAGAGUCGCUUAGGUUGGAGGUUAAGGGUCAUGACCCAAUCCUCCCCGAAUAUCCUCCGUUAUUCAGGAGUCUGAAGAACUUAAACAAGGGGAUUCAUACCAUCUAUACUGGGUCCACUCACCGGAGCAGCAUAGUGCUGCCCCUGAUCCAGUACAAGUAG